AGCAGAAAGACAAUUAGGCUGGGCUGUCAAUAGCUCAAUGGCUGCGCUACCCAGAGCGACCCCAAAGUACUCAAGCUGAGAGACCAGCCAGAGAAGACGACGAGAUCAGGGUGUGUGGACAGGGUAAUAGAUCUAAAAGGCUGGGUGCCAUUCUGAGCCAAGCUGUAGUAAAGAUCACAGCUCUCCACCUGCCUCGUCAUUAGAUCACCACCAUCUCUUCGCUGGCUGUGGGAGAGCCUUCUCUGCAACACCCAGCAUCCGCAACAGGCCCCCUGGGUCUUUUUGCCUCAUUGGUUCUCCCAUCUCGUUCCAAAUCUGGUCUCAGCCCUACAUGAGUCUGACUAAUGCACUUCAGCUGUUGUAUAGUCUCACACACAAACUAUCCCGAACUGAAUGCACAAGGUUAAUGUCUGUCCACCCCCCAGGAUGUAUUUACUGCAGCUUCAAGACAGCAACUUAAGCAAACUGGCCAAUACCAGCCCUGCAAAGAGAGAGAGAAUUUUGUUUGAUCACAAAUUGAAAAAGGGAGGGCGACAUGCCCAGACUUGCCCAGAUGAAAACAAGUACCUGGCCUAUACAAGUCAAUCAGGCGCAGCAUGGGAGCUGGAGGACACUGGGCACCUUUAUGCGGAUGAAUAAUUGGCAGACAGAGAAGAGAAGGAAGGACUGUUUGCUGCCUGCCACUCAAAUGACCUGCUCAUAUAGUAGCCCAAAAGGAACACUACAGACAAACGCUAGCCGUGCCUCGGUCUCCUCUGCCGAGCACACAGCCCUUGGUGCCCCUGCUGACUAGGGGCCAGGAUUCGGAAGAGUCUGACAGACACAGCUCCCCAAGAAGUGAAACUAAAGGCUCCACUGAAAGACCCCUACAUGGGGGGAAGGAGUCACUCCUUAUAGACACCUGCAGAGAGAUUCCUGCUCUCCUCCUGGUCAGAAGGCAGCUUUCAGAGGGAUGUCGCUCAGCACUCAGAGCCAGUCUCUCACAUCGGACACAUACCUGGCUAAACUCCUGGACGGAGCAUGCAGCCUCCGCUCACAGAACGCGCUGUGCGAUGUAACGCUGGAGGCAGAUGGGGUUCGCUUUCCAGCACACAAGAUCAUUUUGGCUUCAGCGAGCAAUUACUGCAAGAUCCUGUUUGUUGGAAACUCGACACGUGCCGGGAGCCCCGAUGCGAACGUGCAGCUGAAAGCCAUCAGCGCUGGGGGGCUGAGGAAUGUUCUCAACUUCAUUUACUCCAACAAACUGGAACUCUCCCUACAGAAUGUGGAAGAGACGUUCAAGGCAGCAGAAACCCUUCUCGUCCGGGAAGUGAUCAAGCUGUGCUUUCAGUUUCUGGAGGACGGCCUGAAUCACAACAACUGCCUGGACACACUCAACAUCGCUAGGAGGCUUGGUCCAGAGGAGUUGAGACAGAAAGCCAUGUACCACGUAGGGCAGCACUACAAACAGAUACUGACUGAUCCUCGGUGCAUGAAGGAGCUGGACAAAGAGACCCUGUGUGAAAUCUUAGACAAGACAGACAUGGCAGGGUGCACCGAGCUGGAGCUAUUCAAUGCUGCUGUAAGCUGGCUGCUGCAUGACAGCGCGAGGCUGAAAGGAGCGGCGGAUAUUUUAAGGCGAAUCCGAUUUCCUCUCAUUCCUCUGCGGGAUCUGCAGAGAUACGUGCAGGAAACACCCAUUAUGAGGACAGACUCGGAGUGCCAUAGGUACCUCCAGGAAGCUCUAAUCUACCACUCCCAGCUGUACGCUCAGCCAGUCCUGCAGACCCAACACACAAGCAUCCGCUCCAGCUCCUCUAUGCUGCUGGUUCUUGGUGGCAGAACCACGGAUAACAGAGUCUGCAGAGACAUGUGGGCUGCGGAUGAGAGCUGCAGUGCAUGGAGAAAGAUAGGUGACCUCGCCAUACCCAUCUACAACCACUGUGUAGCUGUGAUCAAUAACUUCCUCUUUGUCAUCGGCGGCCAGUCCAGAUUUGAUCCUGCAGGGAAACAUCCUUCAAAUGAGGUGUUCCGCUUUGAUCCCCGUGACAUGUCAUGGCUCCAGGUCUCCAGCAUGCUGGAGAGGCGGACGCGCUUCCACGCGGCUGUGCUGUCUGAUCGCAUCCUCGCUGUGGGCGGCGGGACGCUGCUGGGGAAGCUCACCAACACUGUGGAAGCAUACCAGCCUGCGGAGAACAUGUGGGAGUGCGCUGCUCCCUUCCCUGUGCCAGUGGCUGAUCAUGCAGGCACCACCCACAAGGGAAUCCUCUACAUUUCAGGGGGCUUUUCUGCUGGCAAGACCUUGAGGGACACGUACAGCUACCUCCCUCGCCUCCGGCGCUGGGUCGCUAACCGUGCCAUGACCUUUGCCCGCUGUGACCAUGGAAUGGCUGCAGUCAGAGACAGGAUCUUCUGUAUUGGAGGCAGGACUUUAAAUGCUGCAGAGGAAUGGAUUCAAGUGAACGAGACAGAACAUUACUGUCCGAUGACUGACCAGUGGACCACGCUAACACUAUCCCCCUUCGGCUUCUGCCAGUUCAGCGUCACUGUGCUCCACUCUAGACUCUAUAUCACAGGAGGUGGCUCGCUGCGACACAUGAGUAAAGAAGAUGGUGUGUUCAUCUAUGAUCCCAACGGGAGGAUAUGGAAGAAAGCUGGCUCCCUGCCUCAGGCUUUGGUCGAUCAUGCCUCCUGCAUGUUUCAACUGUCCUGUGAGAUGGCAGCUGACCAGCAGGAGAGAGGAGCGAAGUGCUCACCCAGUGGCAACAGCAGAAAGAGAUCCACUCUCAGCUUGUUCAUCACCAACAAACAAGAGCCCCCCUUGGCUUUUUAGAGGGAGCAGGAAUUGGAUCCGUGAAGGAGCUCCUCUGAUGGAGCACUUGGCAAAUGCCCUAAGCAUUUUAAGAGGUCUCCUCAAUUCCUAGCCAAACACUGCUGCUUGGGAUUUGGGAGCAGCACAUUCUUGGCUUAACAUUAGCAUGUUGCUGGCGUGCACUGUUGCGGUGGCAGUGCAAGCAGAAUGAACGAGGAAGUGGAGGCAUGUCCUAGCCACACUGCGCUGGGCUGGAUACUUCUCUAGUUUUAAAAAUAAAAAAUAUUUUCCCUUCUAAAUCUCUAACAUAUGCAAACCUUCUUUGACAUGAACAAAGAUGAAGUUUAGAACUACUCUUUUUAAAAAAAAUAACUCAAGUGUUUUACUCAGAAAAUUGCACACAAAGUUCUUUUAAAAUGUCAAACAUCUCCUUACUAGUCCCCUUAAGUCCAUACGUUAGAUACCCUCCCCUCCCACUGAGAAGUCCAAUAUAAACACAGAGAUGCAUAGAUUUUAAGGCCAGAAGGGGCCUUUAGGCUACUUGAGGCCCAGUCAGCAUCCAGCUGUGGCCCAUAUGGCGUCCUUAAGGCCGUACAGGUCAUAUAUAUCUUGUGUGGCUGAGGCUCAUGUAAUACAGAGAGCUGCAUGUAUGGCCCACAAUGGUAAACAGGUUGAGAACCACUGAGGUAGUCUGGCCUCCUGCAGACACAAGCUAGAGAACCUCCAGCAGGGACUGCUGGAUCGAGCCUGUAACUUUUGAUUGAGCUGGAAUAUGGGUAAAAUUUUCCAAAGAGCCUAAAUGACCUAGGAGCCCACGUCUCACUGAAAGUGCAUGAGACUGAGACUCCAAAGAGCAUAGGGACAUGUCUACAAGAGCGUACGUAGGCAUGCUGAUUCCAGCUAUUGUCUAGCUAACAUGGGUAACAAUAGUAAUGAAGAUGUGGCAGCCCAGGCUAGCAACCCAAGGACCUACUCGGGGUCCCCAGCACGCUUGUACUGUGGUUGCUAGCCCAUGCCAACAUAUCUUCCCUACUACUGUUCCCCCUUGCUAGCCUCACACCUUCCCUGGCAGUGCAGACAUACCCUGAAAGUCACUUUUGAAAAAAUGGGUAAGACCCAAGCUAAUAGUUACGUCAUGUGGGAGCUGAAAGGUUAAUUCAUUGUCUGGGAAGUGUUAAGGUCCCUGUGCCAAUGCAGUGCAAAGUGUUCCAUAGCUCCUAAAACAAUAUGGGAGAACUCAGCGUUCACAAGGGCUUCUGAAGGAGAGAGUUUCAAAUAA